AUUUGAAAAAAACAGGAAAGACCUACCUAGCGCAUCUCUAGAUUGUUAUUCCAGGUCUCAGCUGCUGCUGAAGAUUGCAGUAUGAACCUUCCAUGUAUCAGACUCAAGAAAAUCUAUUCAAAAGCCAUGAGUACCCAAACCAUAAAAAAAUCUUCUGCUGAUGAACAUAACUUAUGCCCAAGGAACCAACAUAAGCAGUUCUGGUGCUCAUAGAACGUCCAAGUUUGUUUGCUUGAUUUCCUUGCCAUCCUGGAUACUGAACUAUAUGGCAAUUUAUACAAGUAUUUUUUCCAUGAGCCCAGGACAUGCUUGUGCCUGGAAUUGGGUCAUAUCUACUAGUUUCCACAAAGAAAUGCUAUAAAUUUCUGGUAUGCCAUGAGUGGCACAGAAGAAUGUGGAUUAUGACACCAUCUAUGCCCUGUGCUGAUCAGAAGAUGUGUCCUCUGAGAAUUGAGGUCUGCAGAUAGAGCAGGAAGGCUGAAGGCAUGGACACAGCUGGACAGGACACGUGCCUUAUUCACUAGUAGCUAUCAUUUACUGCCUUACUACAGCAGUGACAAAAUAGUAACAGAGAGCAGAACUCCCAUAUCAGCCUCGACAUCCCUCCAUCAUUCUCCAGAUUUUUACAUUCUCCUUUGUCUCACCUCUCUUAAUGUCUGUUAGUUGCUACUUCUGUCAUUUUUGUCUCCUGCUUUCACCUGCAUCUCACUCAAGCCUCCAAUGACAGUUUCAGAAGCAAUUUUCGUGGAAAUUGUGAGCCAGCCAAGGGGGCCUUCAGAUCCAAGGAGAAAGGAACACCAUUUAUGUUAAGAGAUCUCAGGGCGCCGGCGGCCCGGCCUCGGGAGGGAGGAUGUGGUGAGAGGAUGGGGCUGUGUCCCGCGGGGGCUCGCCAUGGCCAGGGAGGACUCGGUGAAGUGCCUGCGCUGCCUGCUCUACGCCCUCAACCUGCUCUUCUGGUUGAUGUCCAUCAGCAUAUUAGGGGUUUCUGCUUGGCUGAGAGACUACCUGAAUAACGUUCUCACUUUAACUGCAGAAACAAGGGUGGAGGAGGCUGUCAUUUUGACUUACUUUCCUGUGGUCCACCCAGUUAUGAUUGCAGUCUGCUGUUUCCUCAUCAUAGUUGGAAUGCUGGGAUACUGUGGAACAGUGAAAAGAAAUCUGUUGCUCCUUGUCUGGUAUUUUGGAAGCUUGCUUGUAAUAUUCUGCGUCGAACUGGCCUGUGGUGUUUGGACCUACGAGCAGGAAAUAACGGUUCCAGUGCAGUGGUCUGAUAUGAUCACACUGAAAGCCAGGAUGACCAAUUAUGGCCUACCUAGGUACCAGUGGCUGACCCAUGCUUGGAAUUUCUUCCAGAGGGAGUUUAAAUGUUGUGGCGUGGUGUACUUCACAGACUGGCUGGAAAUGACAGAAUUGGACUGGCCACCUGACUCCUGUUGUGUCAGGGAGUUCCCAGGAUGCUCUAAGCAGGCACAUCAUCAGGAUCUCAGUGACCUCUAUCAGGAGGGAUGUGGUAAAAAAAUGUACACUUUCUUGAGGGGGACGAAGCAGUUGCAAGUGCUGAGAUUCCUAGGAAUCUCUAUUGGAGUAAUGCAGAUCCUGGCCAUGAUCCUCACUAUUACUUUGCUGUGGGCUCUGUACUAUGACAGAAGGGAUCCCAGAGCAGAUCAGAUCAUGGCACUGAAGAGUGAUACCUCGCAGGAGCUGUCAUGUCAUUCCAUGGAGCUACUGAAACCAAGCCUGACCAGGAUCUUUGAACAUACAUCCAUGGCAAACAGCUUUAGUACACAGUUUGAAAUGGAAGAGCUGUAAGCAAUCCAAUGAAUCUGCGAAGUCACAGAGGAUUUUUUGUGUUGUUGUUACUUCUGUUCUGUUCCAUCAAAUAUACCAGUCUUCUUAUGUGUUGGAAACCAGCUAAUGAAUGGAAGUGAAGAAGGCCAGCAAAGAAAGAUGAGCCUGUUGCCAGCCUCUUAGCCAUGUCCUCAGCUGUGAAAGAGAGUUGAUUUUGUGUAUUCAUUUCUAAAAGGCACUCAUUCAGUUGGGCACAGUAAUAGUCGUUGGCACAAGCUGUGUGAAGUGUAAAACACUGACAUCAAUCACAGGUACAUUGAACCUGUAAGGAAGCAUCAUGGGAAGGGAAGAGAAAUAUUCAUCUUCUGAAGAAACAACUGUGCUUUGAGCAAACAAAAUGUGACUUCAGCUGAAAUUGACUUUUAAUAAGCCAUUUGGAAAAUAUCUUUAUCAGGGAUCUAUGUAUGUAUAGUUGUGUGUUUUCAUGUGUGCAUGGAAAGCAGAGCUACAAUUCAAGUUAGUACUUGGAUUCAAAAAUUUGCAAGAUUUGUAAAAAGGGCGAGAUUUUCUUUUUUCUAACAAAAUCUUUAUCUUAGUUUUUGUUCUUAAAGAUGUUCUAAAACUUCUAUUUUUAUCUAACAUAAUGUUUUUUUUAGUUUUAAAUAUAUUAAACAGGGAUUGAAAACAAAACUGUUGCUAUGGACAAUAGACUUUAGUUUUCUGGAGAAUUCUUCCUUCAAACAGUUUGUUCUGUGGACUGUUUCUUAGUAAAAAGGAAGAAAACCUUAAACAUUCUUGCCAAAAUGGGAAUCAAUAUGGGAGUAGCACAUUUUUAUAGAUAAAUCUUUUCUCCUGUCCAUGAUUCCCCUGAAGCUAGAAACAAAAGACUGCAGGAAAAAUGCUUACAGUUCUGGAUGCUAUUGCAAUAAUUGUAAAAGUACACAAGGAAAAAUUUUACUUUGAUGAGUGCUUCAUUAAGAAAUCUCUGGUGGCCUAAAAUGCCAGCCAGAAACAGAUUAAAAUGUAUUUAUUAAGGUGGGGAAAGUGCAUUUUACUGUAUUUUUAUGAGCAAUGUCUAUGUCAUAGGAUUAUUUUUACAAUUGGCCACACUCUUGAAAUAUAUAUUUGUUUCAUUGAGUAUAGUAGUUUGUGGCAAAUGGGCUUUUCACAUAAUAUUACAUUAAAAAUUCAUUUGUUUUGGAAUUUGUAAAAGGAAAAAAGAAAUCAAGGUGUGAUUUGGUAGACAAUAAAAUUACUUUUCUCUUAAA